AUGAGUGCUUCUCCGUUCGCUGGCUUCACCAAAGCGAAGCUUGGCUCUACAGCUCCAACAGACAACAAAGAAGAAAAGCAAGUCGUUCGUAGAAUCAGAGCAACAAAACCAGACUGUUAUAUAUCAUGCGACUUGGGCACGACCUGGAGAACGUUUCCCGGAAUACAGUGUAGCGGAAGAACCUGUAGGUAUUCUUAUUUCACUAGACAUCAAUCAACGAUAAUUCAGAUUUCCAAUGGUACUCCUCCAAAAAAGUCUAAACUGGCUGAUCCUGCCUCCAACCACUACCAAAAUGUUGGUCAACAACGCCAAAGGGUACAACACCCACGAAUAAACAAUCAUGUAGCCAGAAAGCCGGUUUCAGCAAUUGUCGAUGAGCCGAUCAACCAACAAAGAUGGAAUCUGAUUCGUGUGAAGCAGGACAAUAUCAGAAAAGAAUAA